GCCAUUCCUCUUCAUACCCACCGCCACCAGCCACCGUUCCUCCAGCAAAGUACAGUGAACCAUGACUAAAAUGGUAAUCACCGGCGGCAUUGUCUUCCUCAUUGUCACUCUAUUGUCGGUAACCGAAGCUAGAAUCCCCGGAAACUACGCCGGCGGGGCAUGGCAAGGUGCUCAUGCUACCUUCUACGGCGGCAGUGACGCUUCCGGUACUAUGGGAGGUGCUUGUGGAUACGGCAACCUAUACAGCCAAGGCUACGGCGUUAACACGGCGGCGUUGAGCACAGCUCUGUUCAAUAACGGACUUAGUUGCGGUUCUUGCUUUGAAAUCAAAUGUGCCAACGACCCACGGUGGUGCCACCCCGGAAGCCCCUCUAUCUUCAUCACCGCCACCAACUUCUGCCCACCGAAUUUCGCCUUACCAAACGACAAUGGUGGUUGGUGCAACCCUCCUCGCACUCACUUUGACCUCGCCAUGCCCAUGUUUCUUAAAAUUGCAGAGUAUCGUGCCGGAAUCGUCCCCGUCUCUUACCGCCGAGUCCCUUGUAGGAAGGCAGGCGGGAUUAGGUUCACAAUUAACGGUUUCCGUUACUUCAACUUGGUUUUGAUCAGCAAUGUUGCGGGUGCGGGUGAUAUUCAAAAGGCGUGGGUGAAAGGAACAAAGACUAAUUGGAUGAGCAUGAGCCGUAACUGGGGUCAAAACUGGCAAUCUAACGCUGUUCUUACCGGUCAAUCCCUCUCUUUCAGGGUUACAGGCAGUGACCGACGUACCUCCACCUCAUGGAACAUUGUUCCUGCCAAUUGGCAGUUCGGUCAAACCUUCACCGGGAAAAAUUUCCGAAUCUAGGAAAUGAACACAACUUGCGGCAUCUUUUCUCAUGCUGAUUCAAUUUCUACAAUCGAUUGACUUUUUAAACCAUCAUAUGUGGUUUUUCGCAAAAAGAAAAAAAAAUUGUUCAGGAACAAAAGAAGUGCAAAGUAUGAUGAUUUAUAGUGUUCUUUGUAUUUUUAUGAAAUAAUUGAUUAGUGUACCACGAAAAAACAACUAUGAUAGUUAGGGAGGUAAAAUGCUCUGACUAUUGGGGUAUUGUUUUUAAGAAGGGGGUGUUAAUGCAAAACUCCUCAAAAUGUAGGGUUUGUGUAAUUGUUAGGUUGAGGCAUCAAAUAUAUGCAAGCCCUGUAGUGGUAAAAUUUGUGAAGAAUGGGUUAGUUUGAAAAUAUUGUACUUGGCCCCAUUUAUAAUUAUGAAAAGGUAUAUAUGUAAAAUUAUAUUUCAGUUUCAA